AUGAUUCAUGUAAUAAAUAAACAAGGCAACGGGGAUCAUUCAGGAACAAAUACAGAAAAACGAGCAAAUUUCAUUAUUCAUGCGUAUGCUUGUAAGAUACCAGAAGGGAGUAAAAUAUUCAAUAAGGCGACAACACCUUUCACCACAAUAAAAAAUACGUUGCCACCAGGCUGUCGACAUGAACUCAACUUGAAGUUAUACAAUAAACAAAGUGAAAGGCGAAAAUGUUGGGGGGUGGAAGUAACCGAUUAA